UACUUCCCUUCCUGCAUUUAUCUUCUUCCAGUUUGGGUUUAAAGCUGUGCCAAUUUGCUUUCUUCCUGUAAAUUUUAUUCUGGUAAUGAGAAAGAUGGGUGGUGAUGAAUGUCAUCAUCCUCUACACAUAUUCUUCUUUCCUUUCCUUGCUUCGGGUCAUAUUAUCCCUACGGUUGAUAUGGCCAAAUCAUUUGCUGCAAAGGGUGUGAAGGCCACCAUAAUCACCACACCCCUCAAUGCACCUUUAAUCUCCAAAGCAAUACAAAAAUCCAAAACUACUAUUCAUAUCCAAACCAUAGAGUUCCCUAAUGUAGAGGAUGGUUUACCCAAAGGGUGUGAAAAUAUGGACUCUCUCCCUUCACCAUUUUUGGUUCCAACUUUCAUUAAGGCUACUAGAUUGUUUCAAGAACCCUUUGAGCAACUUUUGCUUCAGCAACACCCAAAUUGUGUGAUUGCUGAUGUGCUUUUCCCAUGGGCAACUGAUUCUACUGCCAAAUUCGCAAUUCCGCGGCUCGUCUUCCAUGGGACUAGUUUUUUUUCUCUCUGUGCCAAUGAGUGUAUAAGACUCUACAACCCUUGCAAGAAUGUUUCAUCUGAUACAGAAACCUUCAUCAUCCCUAAUCUCCCUGGUCAGAUUAAAUUGACAAGGAUGCAAAUGCCAGGAACAGACUUUUUCAAAUUCUUGGAGGAAGUGACGGAAUCAGAAGUGAGGAGCUAUGGGGUGGUUGUUAACAGCUUUUAUGAACUUGAAGGGGUUUAUGCUGAUCAUUACAGGAAUGUGAUUGGGAGAAAAGCAUGGCACAUUGGUCCACUUUCUCUUUGCAGCCGCAACGACAAUAUCAAACAAAAAGCAACUAGAGGAAAAGAGGCAUCUAUUGAUCAGUACGAGUGCCUGAAAUGGCUUGACACGAAGAAACAAAAUUCAGUUGUUUACAUAUGCUUUGGAAGCAUGCCAAGAUUUCCAGGUUUUCUACUUAGAGAAAUUGCCAUGGGUCUUGAGGCAUCAGGGAAGCCAUUCAUUUGGGUGGUGAGGGAAGGAGGAGAGGAAGAUGCAUCAGAUGAAUUAUUGAAUAUUGAAGAACGGCUACAAGGUAAGGGACUAAUUAUAAAAGGUUGGGCACCUCAAGUGUUGAUUCUUGAACACGAAGCAAUUGGCGCGUUUGUGACUCAUUGUGGAUGGAACUCAACCUUGGAAGCAGUGGUUGCGGGGGUGCCCAUAGUGACUUGGCCUAUUGUUGCUGAGCAAUUUUACAAUGAGAAGUUGGUAACUGAGGUGCUUCAAAUUGGGGUGCCUGUUGGAGCUAAAAAAUGGGGACCUUUGGAGGAGGAUAGGGUGAAAUGGGAUGAGGUGGAGAAGGCUUUGAGGAAGAUAAUGGAAGGGGAAGAAGCAGAGGAAAUAAGGAACAAGGCGAAGGUGUUGUCGAAGCAAGCUAUGCAUGCUGUGGAAGAAGGAGGAUCAUCUUGCUCAGAUUUGAAUGCUUUAAUUGAUGAGUUGGGUUUGCUUAAUUGAUUACUGAUGAGGAUCAGUUUAGUUUUAUGUUUACUAGUGUGGAAAUUGAUUUUCUACUGUGCAAAUCAAUUUUUGGGUG